ACAGAAUACGUUCCCCUUCCCAAAAUCCUAUAAAGGCUGAAAUAACUGAACCAUGUUAUAGAAGCAGCACGUCGAUCCCGUACCCCAUUCGCUACUUUCACCUCUUUCGUUACUCUCUUGCAACCAUGAAUACGUGCAAAACUCCCCUUUUCAGCUACAUCCUUUCGUUAGAAAUUGUCGAGGAGAUCUUCUCCUACUUACCGCUUCCCACAGUCGUCGAAGUGAUGGAAUCGGAGAAUGCCAGUAUUACUUCGGUAGUACGGAAACGCUACUAUUCGAACGUUGCAUUGAACUUUGGCGAACCGCCAUGCGAAGAUGGAUACUCCCAAAUUGAUGAUGAGGUUCUCAGCAUGAAGUUUUCUGAGUUUGAAGCAUUGGUAAAUGGCGAUACGUUCGAUCAACUCCAUAUUGAAAAGUUUUUAAUAGACGUACAGAUGGAUUUCAUUGAUUUUACAUUCCUCCACAAAGAAGUGUUCACCAAAGCGUCUACAGUUGUCGCCGAUGUGGUGUUAAAGUUCAGCACGAAUCCAAAAGAUCAUGCGACAUUCAGCUGGGACUGAUUGCCAUCGCUGCCCCUGGUGCAGGCGUGCAUCCGAGAAAUAUCUGUUUCGUAUUGUUUCAUUGAUCUGAAAGUUCCAGAUUUGUCCUCCAACUUGUGCACGCUUUCCUUCAAAAACAAUCAUGACUAUUGG